UGCCCAGUUUUCUGCACCUGAAAUUUAAUAGGCAUGUUCAGUUUAUUUACUAUCUAUCAUGUUAUAAGUGGAUAUAGUGAUUUGUACAUGCAUUUCAUUUCUGGUGCCAAUGAUUCUGCGAUAUACAAAGACGUAUAAUAAUGUGGACAACCCUUUUUCUGCCGCCUGAUGGAGGGUGAAUGCCACGAAUAAUUUCAACAACGCUGAUUCCUUGGAUUUUUGGAAAUUGGACGAUGACGCAAACGGAAGCAAUUUAUGGAAGAAGAGGGAAAAUAUCGGGCGAAAAGCCUUGUGCUGAUAAUUAACAGUCAAGACAUUUCUUAUGCAUAUGGAUUCGCCGAAAAAAGAUCAGCCCAAAUUGGACGACUUGUCUGACGAAUCGGACGUAGAAAUAGACGACAAAAGUGAAAUUUGCCAUUUUUUCCGGGGCUGCAAUGUUCUCGUUACCGGUGGCUCAGGAUUCUUAGGCUUGCUGCUGAUAGAAAAAUUGCUGCGUUCAUGUUCCGACAUCAACAAAUUGUACCUGCUUAUACGACCGAAGAAAGGAAAGUCUCCAGAGGAGCGAUUAAAAGAGAUUUUCGACAGAGUUAUAUACGAGAGGCUGAAAGUCGAACAGCCGAAUUUUAUGGAGAAAGUUGUCUUAAUAGAAGGUGACAUGGGGCAAAAAUUAUUAGGAUUGUCCGAGGAAAGUCGAAAACGCCUUUUGGAGAUAAAUAUCGUUUUUCACCUAGCUGCCACUGUGCGUUUCGACGAAAAAUUACGGACUGCCGUCAACAUCAACGUCAGAGGAACGAAAGAAAUAGUAUUGUUGGCUAAACAGAUGAGGAAUCUUAAGGUGUUCAUGUACGUGUCAACUGCAUUUUCACAUUACGUCCGAAGUUCUAUCGAUGAAGUGUGUUACCCGCCUCCCAUAGAUGUGGACCGUUUGUUGACUAUAGUGGAAAAUAUGGACGACGCCAUGUUGGAAGCGGUGCAGCCGAUGAUCCUCGGAAAAUGGGAAUACACGUACACGUUUUCAAAAGCAGUAGCGGAGGAUACUGUCUUGAAAUAUGGCGCUGGGAUGCCAAUUUGCAUUGUUAGACCUCCCAUCGUCCUUUCUACUGCAAAAGAUCCGAGUGCCGGAUGGAUAAAUAAUGUUUUCAAUGUUACCGGAAUAUUUUUAGGUGCGGGGAUUGGUAUACUUCGUACGAUGCACUGUCACAAAAAUAAGAUUAUGGAAGCAGUACCUGCUGAUUAUGUUAUCAACAAUAUGAUCUGUGCAGCCUGGGACGUGGACAAUAAACGAAAUGAUAUGGCUAAUAGUCUAAGGGACGUAUCGACAAAGCUGGAGGUGUACAACUGCGUGUCGUCAAAUGCAAGUCCUAUAACGUACGAAGAAACAUUCAAGAAAUCGUUUACUGCUUUACAGGAAAUAAAAUCGACAAAAAUAUUAUGGCAUUACGGGCAUAAAUGCGAGGAUCGGUACUGGGUAUAUUAUAUAAACAUGGUUUUAUUUCAUUUGGUACCGGCUGUCAUUGUGGAUACCGCAGCCAUCCUUACUGGGCGAAAACCGAUGUUAAUGGAGUUACAUAAAAAGGUAAACAAAAUGGCUAGAAUGAUGCAGUACAUCGCGACUCACGAAUGGAAGUUUUAUGACAAUAAUGUCCAGCAACUAUGGGAUAAAUUGAAUCGAGUGGACAGAAAAGAAUUUAAUUUUAACAUGAAGGACUUUAAUUGGGAUGAAUUUAUGUUGAUUCAAUGCCGAGGAAUUCAACGCUACAUCCUUAAAGAUACCAUCGACGAUUCACCCGAAAAACGUGCUCAUAUGUUCAAGGUGAAAAUCCGCCAUUACGUGUUGGUCACCGUAAUGUGGAGUUUCGUACUAUGGCUGUUCGUAUCGAUUCUGCGGUAUUUUGGAUUCUGGUGGUGAUACGAGUGACCUGGAAUUUCCUAGAUCUACGUAUUGUCGGAGCAUUAAAAUUGUUUAUUCAUAAGAGGUCCUCGCAUAUGAUAAAUAAACGCCAAAUCAUUUCUUAAA